AUGGGUCUGGGCAUCUCGUCGCCAGAUUCCAGCAUCAGUAAUGAAAUCGGAGCGGGCGGUCCGAGCUGUUGCUUUGCAGUGGGCUUCGAACGAACCGCAGCAGAGAUUCUCGACACCUGGGGUGUGGGGACCGCAGUUUGGUCUGACCGAGCCUGGACUUACACUCGGCUCGGAAGCUUCACCACUGCCGCCUUCCACUUCAAAGUCCGCACGGCGGUCGAUGCCCGCAAGGCGCGGUUUUCGCUCCGGGCGCCCGCAGCGGAGGGGAUGGAGGUGUACGUCCUGGGCGAGACAAAGGCGGUGGACGCCCCCUGGGCCUUUUCUGCCGGCGCGCCGGAGCUGGAUGACAGCUGGAACGAGGUUUUCGAGACGCUGCCGGAGUACGAGGCCGGCGCGACCUACCGGUUCGACUUCUGCAGACGCCGGGGGCUCCGGCCGGGUGAGGCCCUGAGCUUCGAUGCCAGGCAAGGUGGGAAGGUGGACAUUUUCCUCCGGGCGCACGGCGGCGUCCAGCGCGCCGAGCUGGAGGUCGAAGCCAUCGUGGAGGAGCCAGCCAGCCGCCCCGCACUGCGCACGGCGCCCCUAGGGCGACGAGAAGGGCGCUGCCAGGACCACCGUGGCUUGUCUCCACCACCUGUGGAGGGCUGGAAUGUUUGUGAAACUGGUUGGGCAACUCACUCGGCCACGAAGACGUGGAGAAAGAGGACGGCAGACAACGGCAGCGAGCUGUUCUUCUGUGUCCCGGAAAGUAGCUGCUGGGCUACCAUGCCAGGCAAGGGCCUUGUUCCCAUCGACACCUGUCUCAGUGUCUUGACGUGGCUCCGCGACGAAGAGUCCACAUGGCGACAGUGCUUCCAGAGCUGGAAGGAGCACGCCGCAGCAGUCAAAGCGCUGCGCCAGCGGCUGCAGGUGCUGGCUCCGUCGGAUUCGCCUGACUCCAUGGGAGAGGCAACGGAGACGAUCUCUGAGCGCUUCCCUGUCCGAGGAGCUUUCCGAGCACCGCCACCGGCGCUGAGGCGCCAGGCGAGCGCCCAGCGCUCCCAGACGCCCUCCAAGCGUGUGUCGUUCUCGCUGGACGACGGCCCUGUGUCGGAGACGAAAAAGAGCGGCGGCGCCGCGAGCACGAUGGUGACACGCGGCAUUCAAGGCCCAGAUCCCUUGAGGGUGAUGUUGGCUUCGGAGAACCCAGGCAUGAUGGCACUCUGUUUGAAGCUGGAGACUGAGAAGUGGUCUGAUGACGAUGUUGAUUCGAUUGAUGGUGAAGUGAGGGCCAGUUAA